UGCUGAUGUGGUGUUCCGAAGUUAGCAAACCUGGUCGGCUGAUACAAACAGAUUCUUUGGUAUAGUAGAAACUUUAGCUAGUUAAAUAAUGCCUUACUAUCAGACUUGGGAGGAGUUCGCCCGUGCAGCAGAAAAACUGUAUCUGACAGAUCCCAUGAAGGUCAGAGUGGUUCUGAAGUACAGACACUGCGACGGCAACCUGUGCAUCAAAGUGACCGACAAUGCCGUGUGUUUACAGUACAAGACAGACCAGGCCCAGGAUGUGAAGAAGAUUGAGAAGCUCCACGGAAAGCUGAUGAGACUCAUGGUGUCCAAGGAGACGCACAGUGGUGCCAUGGAGACGGACUAAAAUGCUGUAGAAGCGCUAACCUUCUAGAGCAGCUGGACAGAGUUCAGUGGACACUAAGGUUGUUGAGAGCACAGUACCAUCGGAGUGCGAUGUGGAGGCGGAGAUGGGCGGUUGUAAAGAGGGAAUGCAGUGAGAUUGACCUGGCUGCCUUCAAUGAUUUAAUACUGUCAGAGAUGUGAUUACAUAUACUGUAUAUAUUUUAUUCUCUCAGGAUUUUGUUUUUUCUAUGGUUCUUUCUUAGUCAUUAAAAAUCCCACUAUCCAGUUUUUCCUUCGACAUUUUGAUCACAUCCUUGAUAGUAUUAAUAUAAAGUAAGGUCAGUUUUGGUUGCUGGAAAAUUUUAGGAAAUGUAGAGAUGGAAAAUGGGAGGGCUUUUGGGAAUGUGGAACAAAAUGUACAGAACGUACAUGCUGUGUAAGCAGCUUUGGCACCUUGAUUUCUUUAGAGGAGCUUGCAUUUAUUUUCAGUUUUAAAGAGGACAUAAAGGACGCGCAAUGAAGACGUUGCAUGUCUUUUCUAUUUACAUUUAUGAGCUACGUUGGAUUCAGUUUCAGCACAGCAGUUGGUUUCAUUCUGUUCGUCCUCAUGGACUUGUGCCACAUGAAUGAAGCAGGACUUUCCUAAUGUCAGUGUGGAGAAACCCAUGAUUUCUAUGGACAAAGCCCACACGUCCAAAUGCCAUUUCAUCGUCUGAGAAUAAUUACGUUACAUGCUUAAUAAAUGUUUAUUUACCC